CAAUGCUAUUUCGGGAGCCCUGGAAAAUAUCCACUCUGUAGGGAAAUCCUUCCAAGGGCUUCCGGAAGCAACGCUGGAUCUCGGUCUCCUAUGGCAGACUGAGGACAGAACUCCCCCAGAACGCCGUGAAGGCUUUCCUAGCUGGUCCUGGGCUGGAUGGAAACAUCGAGAACCUCUGUCUGGUUCCUGGCUAGAUGGUGCAGAAGUUCGGUCUGGUCUCGUUGGAAGUCGAAACUGCUCGUACCAUGAGAACCUGUUUCGUGAAAUACAAUGUUUCAUGGCCAUACGGCGCGGUGAAUUGACCGUCAUAGACUCUUGGGUAGACCCACUGGUGUCAUGCUCGAUACCCAAAGGUGCUCGAUACCCAAAGGUGGGCCCAGUAAAGAUUAUUUAUUCUCUAUCCAUUGGCCCCUUCGGUCGCAGCUCUUGGUGUUCUACACAACAUCUGCUCAUUUCCCUGUCGCCAGGACCUGUGACUUGGACAGCAGCAACGACGGUAAUAGAUUUGGGCUCUACACUAUCCUUGGCAGUCCAGACUCCGAGCCUGCUAAAAGUCAUGACACGGCCGAGGAGACUUUGCCAGGUGAGGUUCUCGAAGGAUCGAAUACAAUGUACCCAGAGGCCAGCUCAAUCUAUCUGAAUAAAAACUGGCGCGCAAGGCAACCUGAAAGCCUCGAGUUCAUCCUCAUCCAGACGAAGACGGUCCAUGGCACGUUGUCCCUUGAAACUAUGUUGAUUGAACGAAUAGGUAACUUGGCUUACCGAGUCAAUCUCCCAACUAGUCCCUUCAGUGAGUUGGCUUGGGAAACGCAGAAACCAACGGGAAAAUGGAUAUAUCUUGCAUAGCAAGCAAUCCAUAGUUCUGCAUAUGACUUUGAUAUAUUCUAUGGGCAAAAUGGAGAUGAAAUUCGUGCUUGCCGUAAGAGAAAAUGUGGAGAUGCACGUGACGG